AGAGAUGUGCUGCCAAUGAUUGCACUGUCAUUUAUCUGUCAUUUAGCAAAAUCAUGUCGAUUUUGAUCGCGUAAUUUGUGAAAUAAUUCAAGAAUUAAUUUGUCCUUGUCGUUGUAACUAGCACCUUCACUCUAAAAUAAAAUGGCGGAACAAGACCAACAAGCGGGAGACACGGGCCCCCCGAAAGGCAUCCCGGCACUGAAGGCCCACGUGACAGCUAACAAGGUGGACGUGGCACUCUGGGCCAUCCGCAUCCUCACCGUCCUAUGCACUAUUGGCUAUGUGUUCCCGUUGUUUAACAACCCGGUAUCUGCGUUCUACAAGGCGCUGCUGGCCAACGCAGCCACCUCCGCCCUGCGGCUGCACCAGCGUAUCCCGGCGCGAGAGAUCUCGCUCUCCCGGGAGUUCCUGGCGCGGUUCUUCCUCGAGGACAGCGCCCACUACCUCUUCUACUCGCUCAUAUUCAUGAACGUCACGCCCAACUUGUUAAUCUUGACACCGAUCUUCCUGUUCGCCCUGCUACACGCUGCUUCGUACUCGCUCACCAUUCUUGACACCCUGGGCCAGAACUCGAUGUGGGUGGCGCGGCUGCUCAUCUCCCUGGUGGAAUUCCAAUCACGCAACAUUCUACGCGCCGCCGCGCUGGCCGAGAUUGUGCUCUUCCCACUAGUGGCGAUUAUGGCACUUACCGGCUACUGCGGCCUCUUAACCCCGUUCGUGUACUACUACUUCGUGACGUGGCGCUACGCGUCCCGCCGCAACCCGUACACGCGCAACACGUUCCGCGAGCUGCGCGUGGCGGCCGAGGCCGCGGCCGCGCGGCCCGCCGUGCCCGCGCCGCUCAAGGCCGCGCUGCACCAAGCCGUGCAGCUCGUGUGCCGCAUGGCGCCGCCCGUCGAGACCGUGCAGCAAUAACGACCGAGCUAAGCAGGAUCGGUCCACAUUGACUGCCGCGGUGCCGCAUUCACACUCGCGGCAAAUGUCUACACCACGACUAACAUCUACACACGGUUGAUACUGUGACUAAAAGAAUACAGGACUUCAAACUUCAGCUGAUUUGACAAAAAUAAUCUUUAAAAGGAAUACUUUCAAUUGGUGCCAAUUUCAGGCUGAUCAGAUGGGUUAAAAAAGCCACUUCGAAGCAAUAUGGUAUUCGACUGGGUCAAAGAUAAAUUAUAAAAUGUUAAUAUAGAAAUAGAAGCCAGUCUAAAAGGAUCAAUAAUCAAUCUCAUUUUUCGACGAAUUUUAUUUAUGAAUUAAGUAACAAUGAAUACGACGUUUGACCGCUAUUAUAGAUGACGUCACAGGACAGUAUUUCCAUACAAACUCCAUAGAAUACUUUCGUUUUGACGUUUCGUAAAAAGUAUCUCAUUUGGUUAGGUUGUCAAAUAGCCUAUUUAUUGAUUAUAUAAAAGUAAGUGCGCAAUGCCAACGAAUAUCAAAAAGUAAUAUUGCUUUUUAGACGAAUUGCUUCAAUGUGGCCUUUUUAACCACCCAGGAUACAAUGCUCAUCAGGGACAUUAUAUUAAGUCAAACAGUAUUUCUCUAUGGGUUUUCAUUAUCGACUAAAAUCACAAGAAAAAUCAACAGUCAUUCGUAUUGAAGCCAGCGCAAACCAUAGACUUAUGAUUAGUCUAUUAUAAAAGUGCGAUAAACUGUCACUGCAAGGCGAUAAGGUCUUAUAAAUAUCGAUUAAUCACAAGUCUAGCAUGCACUGCCUUAUAAUCAAGUAUGUUUAAGUUGACGAUAACCGUUAUAGCCUUUUCUAUAACGUUAUUUACGUAUUAGUAAUAUUUAUUUAGCUAAAACAGUUGUCGCCAUCUUGAAAAAUAGCUUUUUUAAUCUGUAUCUUCAAACGAAGUUACUUUUUGUCAUUACCACCGAGACAGGAAAAGGCCCACAGAUAAUAUAAUGGACUGUAUGCGCUGGUGGCGUCGCGAUCAAAUAUAAAAAUACGCCAAACGGUGAACUGUCAAAAGUUGUCAUUUCUCUCCGCUAGGUGUGUUUUAUAUAGGAAUGCGGCGCUAAUUGCGUAUUCAGUUUUCUAUGUCCUAUCGGGACAUGCGAAAGUAUUUGUACUAUAAAUAAGUAAAAGACUUUACUCGUGCAAGCGGCAGCAAUAUCACAAACUACACUUAUUUCUGUGCAUUUCUUACAAUCGGUUGUAUCACUUCACCUAGUUUAUUUACUCGCUAGUAUUUUACGGGAUAGUGAAGGUACAUAAUAUUUAAUGUUAAUUUUAUUUAAGGUUGAGAUGUGAACUGUUUUGGUCCAAUUUAAGUUAAGGAAGGUUAAGAUAGACUGGUAAGCUAAUUAUUUUGGAGUAUUUCUGAACUGCAUCGUAUUGUCUAAUAUUGUCUAUGUCACAAGGGGGGAAAUUAUUCAGCUCAAUACUAUAAAAUACCUAGUGAAAGUUGGACAUAUUCCAAUCCUUAGUUAUCUCCUGUCUUGUGACACAUUUAUACCUUUCCACGCGUAAAUGUAAUAUAAACUGACUCACACAAAACAUAUCCAAGAUUUUAGUCACAAUUUACGUUUUUAUCCUUCAAUUUUCGUCUGCAUUUGGUCACAUUUUGUGUCUAUGUAACUUAUCAUUCCACAUUUAUUUAAAUCUAAACAGUAUGGCGUUUUCAAAAACGUUUUAUUGUAAGAAACUAUGACAUGAAUUAUAAGACCACUCAUUUUUUACGCUAAAUACAAUCAAAAGUAUCAAAAUUUUAUAUUGUGAUGUAUUAAGACGUUUUUGUUUUUUACAACGAAGUAUUCGACGAAUUGCUGCGGACACUUUUGUAUUAUUGAUAAUGCACUUGGUUUGGGGUGAAUGUAGUCAGGUUUUUUAAUAAAUGUUGAUAUGAA